UAAACACAGAGACGGGAGUUUAUUAGAAUUAGAACAAGGAUGAACAGGAAGGUUUGUAAUUAUGGCGUGAUUAGCGUAGAGCAGCAAAAUGGCGCUCAAUUCUUCCUUCCGCAGCCUAACCGUUGACACUCUGACCUCUAGAAAUCCCAAUUCGAUUCCACUUUCUUCCUUAACCUUAUAAAUCCUUCUGCUAAUUCCUCUGCUCGUCCACAGCUAGCCGGAAGAUGAAGAAUCGUGGCACUAGAAAGAUUUCUGUGAUAUGGAUUCCUUUCUUUUGUCUCUCAUUCUUCCUUUUCGGUAUGAUCGCCACGAACAGUAGGUUAUGGUUGGUGCCGGAAUCUGAUGGUCAGGUCAUCUCCCGUCGUCGACAUGAACAGGAACUUCAAAUCGUCUCUGAAGAUAGCUCGAUUAAGAUGCCAGCGGAAAAAAGGGAUGUGAUCACUGCAGUCUAUAGAACUCACGAAGCAAUCCAAUCUUUGGACAAGAAAAUUACAAUGCUUAACAUGGAUUUGGUGGAGGCUAAGAAUUCCCCCGAGAUGCAUUCCUCUGAUAGCUACACACCAGCUAUUGAAUCCUCUGGUAAAGGCAGCCAGCCGAAGAAGAAAAUGUUAAUGGUGAUUGGGAUAAACACAGCUUUUAGUAGCCGAAGGCGUCGAGAUUCGGUCAGAGAGACAUGGAUGCCUCGAGGUGAAAAGCUGUUCCAGUUGGAGCGAGAGAAGGGGAUUGUGGUUCGGUUUAUGAUUGGCCAUAGCGCAACUUCCAACAGCAUUUUGGAUCGUGCAAUUGAUUCAGAAGAUGCCCUGCACAAAGAUUUCCUUAGGCUGGAACAUAUCGAAGGGUAUCACGAAUUGUCUGCAAAAACAAAAUCCUUCUUUUCCACUGCCGUUGCUCGAUGGGAUGCUGACUUCUAUGUUAAGAUAGAUGAUGAUGUCCAUGUAAAUUUAGGGAUGCUAGCUACUACUCUUGCUUACCACCGUUCGAAGCCCCGAGUCUAUAUCGGGUGCAUGAAAUCUGGACCUGUUCUUUCUUCCAAGAGUGUCAAAUACCAUGAACCUGAAUACUGGAAAUUUGGAGAGGAGGGAAAUAAGUAUUUCAGACAUGCAACUGGGCAGAUUUACGCAAUCUCGAAAGAUCUAGCCACCUACAUGGCGGUCAAUGAGCCAAUUUUGCACAAGUAUGCCAAUGAAGAUGUGUCCCUUGGUGCUUGGUUAAUAGGCCUUGAAGUCGAGCAUAUAGACGACCGUAACAUGUGCUGCGGGACGCCACCUGAUUGUGAGUGGAAGGCACAAGCAGGCAAUGUAUGCGUUGCAUCAUUUGACUGGAGUUGCAGUGGAAUAUGCAAAUCUGUUGAGAGGAUCAAGCAUGUCCACGAAAAAUGUGGUGAAGGGAAUGGGGCUGUCUGGAGUGCAUUAAUCUAGUUGGGUUCUUGACAUUAUUCUGCUGUGAUCAGACAAAAGCUGGACACUGUUUGGGAGUUGAACAUUGCUUCCAAUUUUGUUCGUGUAAGUUAAAUUCAUCGAUACCUCUUGUUCUUUCGUAGUCGCCCCUUCCCCCUUCCGACUAUAUGAUUCAAGUAUUACUGCCAGUGUAUUAUAUUGUUGAGUUCCUAUUCAAUGAGUCAGAUUCUGUAUGUGUCCUUUGUUUGUAUAGUGAAAAAGAAAUAAAAUGAUCAUGAUUUGUGUA